AUAUGACACAAACAAGAAGACAAAUGUAAAACAACUUACUUUUUCUAGUUCAUUGGAUUUAUGUGUUUUUUUUCUCACGCUGCUCUUCCGGGUAGUAAUUUUUGUAUUUUUGGCACAACACCCACCUUAUCGGCACAACCUCUGAAUUCGUUCUUGCUGAAUCUCACAAAACAAUGGGGAGGUGCUUCGCUGAAGGGAGUGAAAAUGGGAGCCUGAGGAGGGCAUUUGACGCGGAGGAGUUCAGAGAAAAUGCUCACAAAAUGGUAGAUUUUAUUGCUGACUACUACAGAGAUAUCCACAAAUUCCCCGUGCAAAGCCAAGUCCAGCCUGGAUAUUUGCAAACACUUCUACCUGAUAAUGCUCCAGAAUGCCCUGAAACAUUGGAGAAUGUUCUAACUGAUGUUCAGAAUAAGAUCAUACCUGGGAUCACUCAUUGGCAGAGCCCCAAUUUUUUUUCCUUUUACCCUUCAAAUAGUAGUACUGCUGGCCUUCUAGGGGAAAUGCUCAGUGGUGGUUUUAAUAUUGUUGGUUUUAGCUGGAUAACAUCUCCUGCUGCAACUGAGCUUGAAGCUAUAGUCCUGAACUGGCUUGGAAAAAUGUUAAAGCUUCCUGAGCCUUUUCUUUUGCCUGGUAAAGGUGGUGGUGUUAUUCAAGGUACAGCAAGUGAAGCUGUUUUGGUUGUAUUGUUAGCAGCACGGGACAGAGCAUUAAAGGGGGAUAGUACCAAAUCACUAGAAAAGCUUGUUGUAUAUGCAUCAGAUCAAACACAUUCUGCAUUGCAGAAAGCCUGUAUGAUUGCAGGGAUAAGAAAAUCAAAUUUUAGAGCACUGCCAACAAAUUCUUCUACAAACUAUGCACUUUCUCCCAAUGUUCUUCAAAAAGCAAUUUUAGAUGAUAUACAUGCUGGACUUUGCCCCCUUUUUCUAUGUGCAACGGUUGGUACCACUUCAUCAUCUGCUGUGGAUUCUUUGAAGGAGCUUGGAGAAAUAUCUCAGGACAAUGGCAUGUGGUUCCAUGUUGAUGCUGCAUAUGCUGGUAGUGCCUGUAUUUGUCCUGAAUAUCAACACUACCUUGAUGGUGUUGAUGCAGCAGAUUCUUUCAAUAUGAAUUGCCAUAAGUGGCUUCUUACAAAUUUUGAUUGUUCUGCUCUUUGGGUAAAGGACUCGAGUGCUUUAAUUGAAGCUCUCUCUACAAAACCAGAAUUUUUGAGGAACAAGGCUUCAGAAUCCAGCCUAGUAGUUGACUAUAAAGAUUGGCAAAUACCUCUUGGUCGUCGAUUUAGAUCUUUAAAGUUGUGGAUGGUUUUGCGGUUGUAUGGUGUAUCAAAUUUACAAGCAUAUAUUCGGAAUCAUAUAUAUCUUGCCAAGCAUUUUGAGGAACUUGUCAGAGAAGACACCAGAUUUGAGAUUAUUACACCUCGCACAUUUGCUUUGGUUUGCUUCCGCAUUUUGCCUCCUGCAAAUGACCCAGAUAAUGGUUUCACUUUGAAUUCACAGCUGUUGGAUGUUAUAAAUAGCAGCGGACACAUUUAUUUAUCACAUACGAAGAAGAAGAAAAUGCAUGUAACCAAGGAUAGGAUGAGGAAAAAGAGGAUCAAGACGAUAAUCAAGACAAGAAAUAUGAAGACAAUUCCAAUUCAAAUAAAGAAAAAGAAGAGUUUCAAACUCCAAUUAAGAGUACAAAGGCUAGUUAAAAGGUUCUUUCUGGCAUAUACACAUUGCGUUUUGCUGUGGGAGCCCCCUUGACUGAAGAACAGCAUAUCAAUUCUGCAUGGAAGACACUCCAAGACAAAGCGUCUAUUCUUCUAGAGAGUUAUAACUGAUUAUUUUUCUUAAAAAAACUCAUUUAUUAUCUUACUGUAUAGAUGAGAACAAUGUCUUUUAUGACAUUAGAAUUUAUGUAAAAAUCACCAUGUGUUAUUAAAUUUGCUGGUUUUCGUAACAUUGCUCAUUAAUAAUAAGUACUGAUCAUUUUCAUUCA